ACUAAUUCUCUCCUUUUUUCUAGUGUGUGUACAUAUAUAAAUAUAUAUAAUGCAUUUGUGAGUCUGUACAUUUAGGUUUUUAUAUGCCAUAAUGAAAUAUUCUUCAUUGUGAACUGAUAACAUUUGCUGUACAGGAUUUCCAGAAAUGGAGCAGGAAAAUCAGAACUCAUUGCCUGAUGCAUUUCUUUCUCUCUCUUUCACAGUCACAAUGAACGAAAAGUGACCUGCAAACACCCAGUGACAGGACAGCCAUCCCAGGACAACUGUAUUUUUGUUGUGAAUGAGCAGACUGCUGCAGCAAUGUCAUCUGAAGAAAAGAAGGAGCGACCAGUAAGCAUGAUAUGUGAAGCAACUAACUAUAAUCUGACAUCAGAUUAUGCUGCUCAUCCAAUGAGCCCUGUGGGCAGAACAUCACGAUCUUCAAAGAAGGUUCAUAAUUUUGGGAAGAGAUCCAACUCCAUAAAGAGAAAUCCUAAUGCACCCGUGGUCAGACGAGGCUGGCUCUACAAACAGGACAGCACUGGCAUGAAGCUGUGGAAGAAGAGGUGGUUUGUGCUCUCAGACCUGUGUCUCUUCUACUACAGAGACGAGAAGGAAGAAGGAAUUUUGGGGAGCAUCCUCCUGCCCAGCUUCCAGAUCUCGGUGCUGUGUGCUGAGGAUCACAUCAACCGAAAAUUCGCCUUCAAGGCAGCUCAUCCAAACAUGAGGACCUAUUAUUUCUGCACAGAUACAGGGAAGGAAAUGGAGUUGUGGAUGAAAGCCAUGAUAGAUGCAGCACUUGUGCAAACAGAGCCUGUGAAAAGGAUAGAGAAGUUCCCUGUUGAAAAUACAUCCCCUCGAGAGGCAAAUAAUAUUUCAAACCAUCGGGUGCUGAUUAAACCAGAGGCACAAAACAACCAGAAGAACAAAGAAACGAACAAAAACGAGGAGAAGAAAGCUCUGGAAGCUGAAAAAUACGGAUUCCAGAAAGUGGGGCAGGACAGACCCUUAACAAAAAUUAACAGUGUGAAGCUGCAGCCUUUGGGGUCCGAGUACAGGACUUUGCCCAUCAGCACCAUCCCAGGAGGGCCCCUGAGAGCUGUCCCUGUGAACGGGGCUGAGAAGAAGGCGCUGGAUGCUGGGGAUGGAGCUGUGCCCCAGGGCAUGGACAGGGUGGUGCAGAGAACCAGCUCCAUGCUGCAGCUGGAACAGUGGAUCAGGACACAGAGGGGCAAGGGGCAGGACGAGGAAAGCAGAGGCAUCGUCUCGUACCAGACCCUGCCCAGGAACAUGCCGAGCCACCGGGCCCAGGUGCUGCCCAGGUACCCCGAGGGCUACAGGACCCUGCCAAGGAACAGCAAGGCUCGUCCCGACAGCCUGUGCAGCGUGGCUCCCUGCUACGAGGACAAGCGGCGCUCCAUGCGCGACGACACGAUGUGGCAGCUCUACGAGUGGCAGCAGCGCCAGUUCUACAGCAAGCAGGGCACUCUGGGCAGGCAGGGCACCCUGAGCAGCCCCAAAACCGUGGGCAACUUGUGUGAGCAGCCCCUGGGCUCCAUCCCCACGUCCCCCUCGCACGGUGCCAUGGCCUUCUCCCCACAGCGCGCCUUCCGCUCCGAGCUCUCGUCGCCCGUGCAGAGGGGAGAUGUGACCCUGGAGCGCAGGCACAGGACAGCCCACGGCAAGCAUGUCUUUGUGCCUGACAGGAGAUCCAUGCCAGCAGCUCUGACUUUACAGCCUGUUACUCCUCAGAGCCUCCAAGGCAAAACACCGGAGGAGCUGACGCUGCUGCUCAUAAAGCUGAGACGGCAGCAGGCGGAGCUGAGUAGUAUCCGGGAGCACACACUAGCACAGCUCAUGCAGCUAAAGCUUGAGGCCAGCAGCCCAAAGAAUGAGAUUCUUUCACAUCACCUUCAAAGGAAUGCCAUUUAUUUGGAUCACCAGAUGAAAGAGAAUGAACCUUUAAUCACCUUGGUUCACACUAUGAUUGAGAACUCGGCGCUAAGACCACAACUGUACCAUCAAUUAACACAAGAAGAAUGUAGGGGUACACUAUACAAAUAUAGAACUGAAGAGCUGGACAUUGAUGCUAAGCUCAGCCGUUUGUGUGAGCAGGAUAAAGUUGUGCAAGCACUGGAGGAGAAGCUUCAACAGCUACACAAGGAGAAAUACACGCUUGAGCAAGCUCUGCUGUCUGCAAGCCAGGAGAUAGAAAUGAAUGCAGAUAACCCAGCAGCCAUCCAGACCGUGGUGUUACAGAGAGAUGAUUUACAGAAUGGGCUGCUCAGCACCUGCAGGGAGGUGUCCAGAGCCACUGCAGAACUGGAAAGAGCUUGGAGAGAAUAUGAUAAAUUGGAAUAUGAUGUGACUGUAACCAGGAACCACAUGCAGGAGCAGCUGGACCGGCUUGGGGAAAUUCAGACUGAAUCAGCAGGGAUUCAACGUGCUCAGAUUCAGAAGGAGCUGUGGAGAAUUCAGGAUGUCAUGGAGGGUUUACUGAAACACAAACAGCAGAGGAGCUCUUCUGAGGCAGGCAUCAUGGUAUCAAGGACAUUUUCUUCUAUUAAAUAUAAAAAUGAGGAAGAGGAAGUAGUCCCACCUCGUCCUCCACUCCCUCGGUCCUAUGACUUUACAGAGCAUCCUCCCAUAAUCCCCCCUCUGCCCAGUGAUAGCAGCUCCUUGCUCUGUUAUAGCAGGGGCCCAGUACAUCUGACAGAAGAGAAGAGGAUGUACCAAGUGCAAGGAUAUCAGAGAAAUGGAUCUUACUGUGGUCCUGAUUACAGGCUUUAUAAGAGCGAGCCCGAGCUGACCACAGUAGCAGAAGUGGAUGAGUCUAAUGGUGAAGAAAAAACAGAGCCAGUCUCAGAAUCCGAAUCUUCUGGCAAAGGCUCACAUUUCCCUGUGGGAGUUGUGCCACCCAGAACCAAAUCCCCAACGCCAGAGUCCUCAACAAUUGCAUCCUAUGUCACUCUGAGGAAGAACAAGAAGCUCGAUCUCAGAACGGAAAGACCAAGGAGUGCAGUGGAGCAGCUGUGCCUGGCAGAGGGGCCCCGGCCUCGCAUGACACUGGAGGAGCAGAUGGAGAGAAUAAAGAGACACCAGCAGGCUUGUCUGAGAGACAAGAGGAAAGGACUCAGCAUCCUUGGUGCUCCUGAGCAGGCUCCUGCCCACAGCUCCAGCUCUGCCAGGGACAACCCAUUCAGAUUGGCACAGAAUCGUAAAAAAGAUGAUGCAGGGUCUGCCAACGUGAAGGAGGCAGAGAGCACCAGCAGAGAAAAUAAUUUGAAACAAAAUAAUGGAAGUCCUGGAGAAGAAACAGAACAGCUGAAAAAUGAUGGAGAUCAAGAACAUAAUUCAAGUUUUACUAAAGAGCUGUCAAAAACCGAUGAUCUUUUAUCAGAUGCACAUGUUGUAUCUGACUCAAAAGAAGGGAGUAAUGAAGAGAAAGCAGAAAAGAAAAAUAAAUUGGAAGAAACACAUGAUGGUGAUAUAAGCUUGCAGAAUGUGACCACAGUUGCAAACCACAAACCCAAAACCAGCUCAGAAGAAAGUGAAAUACUUAGUGUUCAAGAACAAGAAGCGAUUGUGUCUUCAUUUGAAUUUGCAGCACAGUCUUCAAAAGGAAAUCAGGCAGCAGCAGUGAAAAGUUUGCCUUCCUCACCAGAAUCGUCCUUGUCACCAGCUCCAUGCACACAGCCACAGCUCACAGAAGGAUCCCAUUUCAUGUGUGUAUAGUUCCAGACAACACUGACGGCUUCUGUUGAAACAAUUCAUGCCUGAGAUGUAUGGACCUGAGCUAUGAAAAUAUGAGAAGACACUGUACAGUAUAUUUUAAAUCUAUGAAAUUCAUAGUUCUGAUGCUUUUGGCCACAGAGCAUCGUUUUCUCACUUCCUGGAAAAUGUUUAUUCCAAGAGAGCUUUAAAUGGCCCACGUGUACACUCAACAACCUUCAGAUUGUUCUCCUGAUACCAGCUUGCUGCUACAAUUCCUGUGCAUAUAAAAUAAAGGCUCUUUUUAAUGUGCAGCCUACAGUCACAACUUUCUUUGCUGUUCUUCAGAAUUUAAUGUUCUUUUCAUGUUGGAUCAUGUAAGUUUACUUUUUUUGCUUCUUUUAGAUGCAUAACUCGGUUAAUUUUACAUAUCACCACUAAACCUUGUUUUACACUUUUGAAACAUGACAGUUUCUUGUUUUAACAAUUUAUUUGUAAAAUUUUUAUAUAUAUAUACAUAUAGAUAUAUUUAAAAUGUGCCAUUUUUAUUCUUGCUUAGUAAAAGAUGUCCUGUUUCUGCUGUAAUGAUUUCUUGGUCAGGUUGCAAUGUCAGCAGUUACUGCCACACUUCUGUCAACAUAGACAUUAAUGUUAGUGGUUACUUUUUCUUGACUCAAAUGGAGUGUAGGUAUUUUGAGGUACUGGGCUUUUCCUUCAUGGGCUUAGGGUGUGUACAGCAAUAAGCAGGUUUUCAAUCCAGUACUUAGUUUGUGUACAAAUGUAAUUAUGUUCAUUGUGUAUAUAUUAUACAAUGAGCACAUAUGAUGUAAGUAUAAGAAGCCACUUAUUAUUGUUCAAAUACGAAUGUUCAUAUCCCAUUUCUUUUAUAUCAUAUUAAAUAAAUGUUGAUGUUCUUAAGGA